AUGGAUGAGGCGAAGAGACAGUUUGUGGUGGAGGUGGACGCGUCAGAUGUGGGGGUGGGAACAGUUCUGUCCCAACGAUCUGUUUCGGACAAUAAAUUGCACCCAUGUGCAUUUUUGUCCAAGAAGCUGUCACCAGCAGAAAGAAAUUACGAUGUCGGCAACAGGGAGUUACUUGCCAUUAAGGUGGCGCUCGAGGAGUGGCGACACUGGCUGGAAGCAGCAGAGCAGCCGUUCCUGGUUCUCACGGACCACAAGAACUUGCAGUACAUUCAGUCGGUGAAGAGACUGAAUUCCCGGCAAGCCCGAUGGGCUUUGUUUUUCACCCGCUUCAAGUUCACACUAACCUAUCGGCCGGGGUCUAAGAACAUUAAGGCGGAUGCACUAUCCUGCCUUUUUGAUCCCAAUCCGACCCCCAGACUCCCUUCAUUCGUGAUGCCGCCUUCUCGUGUUGUGGGAGCGGUAACCUGGGCAAUCGAGGAGAAGUUGUGCCCACAGGUGAUUCAUUGGGCCCAUACAUCCUUCGUUUCCUGUCAUCCCGGGGUUAGGAAGACCUUGUUCGUCAUUCGGCAGUGGUUCUGGUGGCCGUCCAUGGAGAGGGCGGUCAGGGAGUAUGUGGCUGCCUGUCCGGUGUGUGCACGCAACAAGUCUUCAUGUCAACCGCCAUCGGGUCUUCUACGACCCCUUCAAGUGCCACAUCGUCCUUGGACAGAGAUUUCUAUGGAUUUCGUCACUGGACUACCCAUUUCAGAGGGACAAUCCACUAUCCUAACCGUGGUUGACAGGUUCAGUAAAAUGGCACAUUUCAUUGCAUUGCCCAAACUUCCGUCGGCGAAAGAGACGGCGGAGGUACUUCUCUCUCAGGUGUUCCGGAUCCAUGGGUUCCCGAGGGAUGUGGUUUCCGAUCGGGGUCCUCAAUUUGUCUCGUUUUUGGAAAGAUUUUUGUGAACUUUUGGGAGCCAAGGUUAGCCUUACAUCUGG